UGAGGGCUCAGUUCUACCUGCACUACAUAUAUGUGCCCUGUGAGAGAGAACUUCACACCUGCACACCUGUCUGAGGUCAGCAUCUCAUCUGAACACACUUUGAAGCAGUAUCCACAUCUACAGGUAACAUCACCAUGUUCCGCUGUGUGACAUCUGAUCUGGCAGUGCUGCUGCUGCCUAUGCUUCUGCUGCUGUUGCUGAUGCCUAGCUGGAGUUUUCCAGCCCUGACCCCUGGCUGCCACCUUUACCCAUUCAACGUGACCAUACGUACAGACAAGCGAGGGACCUGUCGAGGAACUCAGCUGGUGUACGCGUGCGUGGGCUACUGUGAGUCCAGCGCGUUCCCCUCGCGCUACUCUGUGCUGCUGGCGUCAAACUUCACGCGCAACAUAACGUCUGCUUCCCGCUGCUGCACCAUUAGCAAGGAUGCCAAGAUAAAAGUUCGUCUGCACUGUCCUGGAGGCCGUCAUCAUGAUGAUAUCGAGAUCUUGACUGCGCGUGCCUGUCGGUGCAACAUGUGCCACAAAUCCCGUUACUGAGAUCCCACGUGAAGAACGUGACACUCAUGCAGUAGGCUACUGGACAAGACUAAACUAUGCAGUUUGUUUGUUUAUUUGCUUGUUUUUAUUUUACUUGUGAUUUACAUACCGAUAUUCUACCAUUGAAAAAUUUGGGGUCAGUAAAGAUUUAAUACUUGUAUUCAGCAAGGAUGCAUUAAACUGAU